CUCUCCCUUUCCCCACCCUCCAUCCUGCUCUGGCUGGCAGUGGGUACUGGUCUAGGGGGCAACUGCACAGGCUGUGUCAUCUGCUCAGAGGAGAACGGCUGCUCCACCUGCCAGCAGAAGCUCUUCCUGUUCAUCCACCGGGAAGGCAUCCGCCAGUACGGCAAGUGUGUGCAUGACUGUCCCCCAGGCUACUACGGUGUCCGCGGCCAGGAGGUCAACAGGUGCAAAAAAUGUGGGGCCACCUGUGAGAGCUGCUUCAGCCAAGACUUCUGCAUCCAGUGCAAGAGGCGGUUUUACCUCUACAAGGGGAAGUGUCUGCCCACCUGUCCGCCGGGCACCGUGGCCCAGCAGAGCACACGCGAGUGCCAGGAGGAGUGUGAGCUGGGCCCCUGGGGCAGCUGGAGCCCCUGCACACACAAUGGGAAGACCUGCGGCUCGGCCUGGGGCCUGGAGACCCGUGUCCGGGAGGCCGGCCGGGCUGGGCAGGAGGAGGCAGCCACCUGCCAGGUGCUGUCCGAGUCAAGGAAAUGUCCCAUCCGGAGGCCCUGCCCAGGAGGUGAGCACCAGGCUGGGCACCGGGGGCAGCCGUGGGCAGAGCCCAGGGUGACUCUGCGUGGUCAGAACACGCUGUCCUCACAAAUAGUCCCUGUGAGGCUGCUUGAAAGCCCCACGAGCUACACCUUCUUGUGGACUGAGCGUUGCCCUUCCCGAUGUCCCCCUUGCCAGGGCCAGUCCCAGACCCUUGGGAAAAUCAAGCUUGUCCUUCCCACCAGGAGUACUCGACCCUUUCAGACUGACCUCCUUUAA